GUCGUGACCCAACGUCAUCUCUGCGUCGAUGCGGACUUAAAACAUUAGCCGGAGGACUCUGUUUUUUAAACAAAUAUCCACAGUUUAGUCGACUCUCUUUCUGUCCUCGGUUUUAUAUCAGAAUGAAUGACAGUGAGUCUGGGGCUACCGAAAGCGGGACUCACAGCGUUAAGAAAGAAGACACUGAAAAGAAGAAACGGUCUCGUGUGAAGCAACUGCUCGGAGAUGUAAAGAAGCAAGUAGAGUUCUGGUUUGGGGAUGUGAACCUUCACAAGGACAGAUUCAUGAGACAGCUCAUCGAGGACUCUGGUGAUGGAUAUGUGGACUUAUCCGUGCUGGCCAGUUUUAAUCGGAUGAAGAAGCUCACAUCUGAUACCAAACUGAUUGCCAGAGCACUGAAGAACUCAUCCGUUGUCGAAGUUAAUUUGGAGGGAAAUAAAGUCAGACGGCAGUUUCCUAUCGGAGAAAAGCCAGAAGAUGUGGACAGCCGCACUGUUUAUGUGGAACUUCUACCAAGGGAUGUCAACCACAGCUGGAUGGAGCGAGUGUUUACCAAGUGUGGCAACGUGGUUUACAUUAGCAUCCCCAGAUACAGGUCUACAGGAGACCCAAAAGGAUUUGCCUUUGUGGAGUUUGAGACUGUGGAGCAAGCACAAAAAGCCAUUGAGAUGCUGAACAAUCCUCCUGAAGAUGCUCCAAGGAAACCUGGGAUCUUCCCCAAAACCAAAGGCUGGAAACCCAUUCCUUUGCAGGCUGACAAUCCACCACCAGCUGAGGAGGAGGAGAAGAAAAAAAAGAAGAAAAAGAAGAAAAAGGAUGGAGCCGCAGCCCAGGAAGUCAAGCAGAAGCAAGAAGACUCUAAGCUUCCUGAACAGAAGACCGUGGUGACGGCAAAAGGAGAGAAAGACAUGGAUGUUAAAGUAGCGAGCAAGUCCACAGAGAAAAAGAGGCGAAGGUCUCAGGCUGCGGUUGAUUCUGAGGGCGAGGCCCCGAGGAAGAUGAGAAAGACAGAUGAAAGUGAUGCAGCAGAAAAGACUGACUCGCAUGACGACGGGAAGGAGAACGGGGACGACUCCACUUUAAAAGCAAAGAGGAAGAGGAACAAGAAACACAAGGAGAAACUGAAGAUUGGAGAGGAGGUCAUCCCCCUGAGGGUUUUGUCAAAAGAAGCUUGGCUCCGGCUAAAGGAUGAGUACCUCAAUCUGCAGAGGAGCAGCAUGGCAUCGCUUAAGAAAUGCAUCACUAAGAUCAAUGACACCAAGCAGGACGAGUCUCAUGGUGCUGCUGACCUAACAUUGGGUGAGCCGCCACAGAAGCAGGGACCUCAGUUCACCAGUGGUGUCAUCCUCAAGAUUGCGGACAGCAAGCCGCUACCUAGCAAGAUGGUCAUCAAAGACUGUCUGAGUAAAAUCUCUCCAGUGGCAUACGUAGACGUCCUGGAUGGUGAUCUGGAUGGACACGUCCGGUUCAGCACUCCCGAUCAAGCUGCUGCGGUGAUCAAAGCCAGCUCGAAGAUGAAGGAGCAGCACAGCUGGAAGAUGGAGAUCCUCUCAGGUGACCAUGAACAAAGAUAUUGGCAGAAGAUAUUGGUUGAUCGUCAGGUCAAACUGAACCGACCACGUGAGAAAAGGCGUGGGACCGAGAAGCUCAUAUCCAAAGCGGAGAAGAUCAUUGUGGCCCGGGCGUCAGAGUCCUGCAAGCACAUCCGUUUUUCUGAAGACUGACUGGCUGUGGUGGUUUUUACUGUAUUGUGUGGUUCAGACUCUUUGACCACGUGUCAUUUUCAGUCAUGUUUUAAUGGACGUUGUGUGAAUGUUGAUAUUCUUCUCAUCCAAAUGUGGAGUGUCUUUUUUUUUUUUUUUUUUAAUAAAUUGUCUUUA